GGACACAAGGUUUUUAACAGCGGCACGAUGUUCACCGCCAGUGUGCUUGUUUACUCUGUGCUAACAGUCGUCACCUAUGGCGCAGCUAAAAGCUUACGCGCGAGGGACACACUCAGCGUAUGCACAGAAAUUGCGAAUGCGCUGUCUCCCGCUUCCGCGGUCUUCUAUCCCGCCGAGUGGUACUACGACGAAGACAUCGCGCAUUACAUGUCAUCAAGUAGCCAAAACGCUGUAUGCUCUGUAGAACCAGGCAUAACCGAAGACGUCGGCGUGGUGUUACAAAUACUUGGACAGACUCAAACCUCAUUUGCAAUCAAAGGUGGAGGACAUGCCUCGAACCCUGGAUUCUCCUCCACGGCUGGAAUCCAAAUUACAAUGGCACGUUUCAAUGGCGUCACUUAUAACGCGGAUGCGCAAACGGCGAGCAUUGGUACCGGGUUGGUCUGGGACGACGUCUACGCCGCUCUUGAAACCUACGGGGUUUCUGUGGUUGGUGGCCGGGUAACAGGUGUGGGCGUUGGAGGUUUCACUCUCGGUGGUGGAUUCUCUUUCCUAUCCAAUCAGCAUGGUUUGACCAUUGACACUGUUACUGCCUUCGAGCUUGUCCUACCAAAUGGUACUGUGGCUACUGUCACGGAUACUGUGAACCCGGAUCUCUUCUUCGCUCUCAAAGGCGGUUUCAACAAUUUUGGUAUCGUCACACAAUUCACGCUCAAGACGUACACGCAAGGCCCGGUCUGGGGAGGUCUAAUCAUUACUCUUGGAGAGUUUGACGCAUUGGCAGCCGCCACAGCCAACUUCUAUGCUAACGUCACGGAUCCGAAGGCCGCCAUCAUUACCUCCUUUAAUUACGAUCUUGGUGCAAGUAUCGGAGAGGUUAGCAUGUUCUACGAUGGCCCCACUCCGCCUGAUGGGAUCUUCGAUGAAUUCUUGGCUAUUCCGGCGAUCACCCAAGACAUUUCAACCCGCUCGUACUACUCGCUUAUCCUGAGUGCCCCGAGCAAUAUCACAUAUGGGCUACGGGGAUACUUCCACACAGUUUCCCUCCUGGAGAUCACUCCGUCGUAUAUAGGCGCUGUUGUGAAUGAGACAAAUUUCUGGGUGUCCACGCUAGCCCUUGAGGUACCGAGCCUCUUCAUCAGCUACGAUGUUGAGCCCUUCCUCCCCAGUGUGUUCACGCAUGGGUCCGACUCUGCCUGGCCUCCCAGUCGCGCACAAGCCCUGCUGCCGAUGUACAUCUACUUUGCUUGGUCUCUGCCAGACCAAGAUGCCCUGAUGCACCAAGCGAUGCUCGACAGCGCAGGCUACCUCACACAAGUUGCCGUCAGCGAAGGCCAAGACGUCGGGAAUGUGUCGCUCUACCCGAAUUACGCGAUCUACGAUGCGUCCAUUCCGCGUAUGUACGGCGACAACCUACUUGCUCUGCAGACGAUCAAGGCUCAGGUGGAUCCGGAGAACGUCAUGGGCUUAACGGGAGGAUGGAAGUUCUGACCGUAUGAGCACACGCGAGAUUGGGCACGCCUCAUGUACAUAAUGACUGCUGCCAUUUCUCCACGGUCGAUCUGGCCACAGUUUGGGGACAAUGUUAAUCCAGAUCGAUUCUGUGCGC